ACGUAGACGAGUGCGACACGUGGGGCGUCUCGCGACACAUCUCCCCGACCAUCCAACAUGGCGCUGGAGGGACCUUGUUAUUGUUCUGCUGUCCGAUGUUCUUCAUCCUAAAGGAAGAGGAGACAAGGCUGAACGGGGACAUGCGUGGAUGACAAAGGCGUUCCGACAUCAUGCUGAGAUCCACCGGGUUCUUCCGAGGCCUCGAGUGCCCGUUUUACUCGGACUCCACCGAGCUCCAGGCCGACAGACAGGGGUGCAACAGACCUUACUGUCACUUCAGACACAGCCGGCAGAGACGCGCGUCUCACGGCGCUGCCGUCGACAGUAGGAAGCAGAGAGUACCGGACUCCAAGCUCAAAGAUCAAGCGUAUGACCCGUUCAACCCGGAGGUGGUGUCACACAAAGAGCCGCAGGAUGGGGAGGACCUCAGCGGGGCCCUGGAGCUGGUCAACCAGGCCAUCAAGGAGGUCCAGAAUGAAGUUGAGCGAGAGAAGAGGAAACUUUCUCGGAUGGGUGACGACGAGUAUGAGCCCACAUCCAACAGAAGCCUGUCCACAGUGGAAGCUGUUAAAAAGCCCAUUCCCAAAGCAGUGACCUCCCAUCUGGCCUAUGACCCUGGGAGUUAUCAGAUGACCUCAUCAGAGUACAACCCGACCCCCAGCUGUAGCAAAUACACCCUGGAUGUGGACGUUAAGGGGGCCAACUCCAUGGAGUAUGUUCCCACGUCCAAGAGGAAACCUUCCCCACGCACACAGGCCACACGGUUCCCCUCCCUCCCCACCCCUACGUAUUCAAGCAGCGCUUCGUCCAAGGGGAAGUACACUCUGGAUAACUCCAAGCCAACUACAGAUAUGGAAUAUGACCCGCUCUCAAACUACUCUGCAAGAAUUGCUGGCAAGCACAAAAAGGAAGAGAGUAUAAAAGAGAACAGAGCGUCAGCCAAAGCAAGGCGGCCGUCCACAGACAAGGAGUAUGUGCCGACCGCCAAGAGGCCCUGCCCCCGGAGCGCAGACACACAGAAGUACACGUGUUCAGAUACCGAUGAGGAGAGCUCUGGAACGGAGUACCGGCCCACCUCCCUCCACCGCCUCAAGAGGAGGGAGGGCAGUGCAGCGGCGGCGGGGAGGAGGGACCCCGCCAAGGGGCCGGAGCCUCUCCCGCAGAGGGGCAGAGAGGGGGCCAAGGAGCAGACCCCCCUGGACCCAGAGGGGUGCGAGUCCCGGCCCCCGACGGACGCAGAGAAGGAGAGGCUGCCAGCCAAACCCAGUCACAGCAAAACCUGCAAAUCGGAAAAGACUUUGAAAGGAGAAAAGACGAUGAAGGCGGCCGGCGGUAAAGUGAGCAGUAGCGAUAACGGCAGGAAGGACAAGAGCUCGGCCAACAAAUCGAGCAAUGAGUGUGUGAAGAAGGACGGCCAAAGUUCAAGGCAGAGAGAGGACAAGAGGAAGGGGAAGGAGGCAAGUCCUAAAGUCCCCAGAGAACUGAAAGAGGAGAAGAGAGACGUGGGGAGGAGUAAGGCUGUGGAGAGGCUCCAGGGGGACUCAAGUAAAGAGCGAGCCAAGGGGCGCGAGAACGGUGUGGAGGAGAGCAAGAAGGCCAAGGUGUCUGACAAGCACAAGGACCACCAGCAUAAAAACGGAAAACACGAGAGCAGCAAGAGGGUGAACGACGUGAGAAAGAACAGUAAAAACAGUUCCAAUACCAGCAGCAAAAGCACUUCCAACAGCAGCCACGGUAAGACGGGCUCUGACCACAGUAAGGUGAGGCACCAAAGCAACGCCCCGGAGGCCGGGAAGGUGAAGGAGAAACGGCGAGCGCCCAGCCUGAGCCACGCAGACCUGUUUGGAGACGAGAGCCCCGACGGGGCGGGCGCAGACGAGUCCGAUGAGGACGGGGAGGAGCAGGGCGAGGUGCUGGUGAGGAAGUCUGCGGACGCUUUGAAGAGACGGCGUGUGCUCAUGCAGCCGCUGAAGGCCCCUUCGUCAGAGGAGGAGGAGGAGGGCCUGAGCAUGGAGGACGGCCAGGCCGAGAUGGACUUCUGUGGGGUGGACUUGUCGCUUUUCCAAGGGGACUUGGACUUCGACUCUGAUCCGAUGGAGGAGUGUUUAAGGAUCUUCAACGAAUCCAAAGACGUCAAGAAAGAAGACAAGGGAAGGCAGGCUAAACAGCCAUGCCCAGAUUCUGAAGAGGAGGAGGAAGGCAGCGAGAGCCCUUUAACCGGCCUCUUCCCCGGGCAGAGGAAGAGGGUUUCCCAUUUUGCUGUCCAAGGAAGCGUCGAGGGGGCGCUGAGGGCGCCCGUGCGGCAGUCCCGGAGGCCCACGGCUCAGGAGAUCUGCUACCAGCGGCUGCAGAUGGCCCAGCAGCAGGCAGAGCAGCUGGCCCAGCAGCAGGCAGAGCAGCUGGCCCAGCAGCAGGCAGAGCAGCUGGCCGCCCCCGUCAGGAGCACAUCUGUCAGGACCCCCGGAGUCAGGAUCCCCGGAGUCAGGAUCCCCGGGGUGAAGACCCCCGGAGCCAGGACCCCCUUAGCCUCCCCGAGCUCCAGCUUGGCCGGCGAGAGGAAGAGGGUGGCUCACCGUCCCAGCCUGCCUGGGCCCUCCUCCUCCCAAACCGUGGAGCCAGCUGCCAGUCGCGUUCUGUCGCCCAACAGAACCCUCCCGGCCCACCUGUCUGUCCGGGCUCAGACGUCUGCCGGCAUCCUGUCCAAGACCACCUCCACCGUGGUGCAGAAGAGACUGGCACACACCCCCACCAUGAAGAGCUCCUCCCUGAAGAGGCCAGUCAUCCCCACAGAGUUCGGGGCCAAGGUGCCGACCAACGUCCGGCAGCGCUACCUCCACAUCUUCAUCGAUGAAUGUGUCAAGUUCUGCCCCUCGGAGGAAGCGGCCUUCCACAUGGCGCUGGACGAGGAGAAGGUCGUCUACGAUCGGAGCAGCAGUAAGAACAUCUACCUCAACGUGGCCGUCAACACGCUGAAGAAGCUCCGUGGCAAGAGCGGAGCCCCCCCGGCCCCGCCCCCCAAGGCGGUGGGCUCUGCUGCUCACCGUAGGACCAUGACCCAUGAGGAGGUGCUUGGCGGGCGGAUGGCUGCCACCACCAGCUUCACCCUCAACAGGACGGGCAGGCAGAGCGAGGAGCAGCCCUGCGGGGCGGCGUUGUACAGGAAGCUGAAGGCCUACCUGAUGACGGAGGAGCAGCUGCAGGAGCACGGCUACCCCCGAGCCAGCGCUGAGUCCUCGGGGAGGGCUGUGAUCCACAACCAGCCGGAGAGGAAGGCCCUGGCGGACGCGUUCUCAAAGACCUGCUGUCGAUGCGGGGCUGAGUACAAGGUCAACGUGAAAGGCAGCUGUGUGCGCAGAGAAGAGUGUAACCACCACUGGGGUCGCUUGAGGAGGAACAAAGGGGCCGGGGGCUGGGAGACCAACUACAACUGCUGCUCGGGACCCGUGGGCACUCCGGGCUGCCAGGUGUCCAAGCAACAUGUGCAGGAUGGCCGUAAGGAGUCGGUGGAGGGCUACGUCAAGACCUUCAGUAAGGCUCUCCCACCCGAUGGCGACGGAGGGGUCUAUGCCCUCGACUGUGAAAUGUGCUACACCAAGCAGGGUCUGGAGCUGACCCGCGUGACAGUGGUCAACGCAGAGCUGAAGGUCAUCUACGACACCUUCGUCAAACCCGAGAGCAAAGUAGUGGAUUACAACACGAGGUUCUCUGGGGUUACGGAGGAGGACCUGGACAACACCACCAUCACUCUGAGGGACGUGCAGGCAGUGCUGCUCAGCAUGUUCAGCGCUGAGUCCAUCCUCCUGGGCCACAGCCUGGAGAGCGACCUGCUGGCACUCAAGGUCAUCCACAGCACAGUGAUUGACACCUCCAUUGUGUUCCCUCACCGCAUCGGCCUGCCCUACAAACGCGCCCUCAGGAACCUGAUGGCCGACCACCUGAAGCGCAUCAUCCAGGACAACGUGGAUGGCCACGACUCCAGCGAAGACGCCAGCGCCUGCAUGCAGCUGAUGUUCUGGAAGCUGAAGGAGGACGCAAAGGUCAAGAGAUGACCUCCAACACCACCGGGACCGCACCACUCAGCUGCUGGGACACACAGCUACUGGGACACACAGGCUACUGGGACCCACAGGCUGCUGGGACCCACAGGCUACUGGGACCCACAUGCUACUGGGACCCACAUGCUACUGGGACCCACAUGCUAUUGGGACCCACAGGCUACUGGGACCCACAGGCUGCUGGGACCCACAGCUACUGGGACCCACAGCUACUGGGACCCACAGGCUGCUGGGACCCACAGCUACUGGGACCCACAGGCUGCUGGGACCCACAGGCUACUGGGACACACAGCUGCUGGGACCCACAGCUACUGGGACCCACAGCUACUGGGACCCACAGCUACUGGGACACACAACCUUUUCAUGGGGACGCUUCGUUAAUAAGUCCCUUUUUAACUUCGUUAAAGAAAAGGGCAUUGUGUUUAUUAGUGUAAUUAUUAGUAAAUGACCUAACGCGCUGUUUUGUGUUUAAAGCGUCAGAUGAAAAAGACUUAAGCGCUGUAAAUAUGCUGUAAGUAGUUUUGUAUACGUUCAUUUCUGUUUGUUUAAGUUUUCUAUUAAAACACAGAAAAGUAAUUAAUUAA